AAGGGUAUAUAAGCGUUUGUAUCGCUUGCGAACAAGACAGGUGGGGGGAAAGGUAACCCAGUCAGAAGCAAGUGUGGGAUUGUUCCCUGCACGAUUGCUUCUAAUACUGGCAUUUGCUAGAUUUCCUCGGCUCCUUCCUCAGCCACUGACAGAAAGACCCGGAGGAGAGAUGUGCAGCCUCAAAGGACCCUUCCUUUUCAUCAUUUUGUCUAUUACUUUAAAUUCCCUGGAAGCGACGCCUGUCGACAGACUUCUCUCCUUGGCUGACGAUUUAUCCGAUGGCACUCACAACAGACAAGAGUGGCUCUUACCCAUCGUCUCCCGAAGUAGCGGCUUCUUGGGAAUUAACAGUGCACUGAUCGGAGAGGAAGCGAUAAAGCCCAGAAGCCACCGCCUAGAGAAACGGAAGUGCAACACGGCCACGUGCGUGACACAGCGCCUGGCAGACUUCUUGGUCCGGUCCAGCAACUCCAUCGGUGCGAUCUAUUCGCCGACCAACGUGGGGUCCAACACCUACGGCAAGAGAGACAGAGAGCCUCCAACCUAUCUACAGCUUUAACGUUGCAAGAUGGCAAGGAUCGCGGUCCUCCUUAGGGAUUCCCCCUCCCUCCCUCUGUUUUUUUGUUUUUUUUAAUGUACAAGGACCUGAUCCUUAAAAGUCCUCCACCCAAGUUCUCUUUGUCUGAGCGAGGCUGCCGCUUGGGUAAGCAGCCUGCAGAUUUGGCUGCCCACAUGACCCCUCUCCCUUUUGGUCAUUGAAUACCUGUCUAUCCUUCAGAGUGCCUUGUUUUCUUUGUGUGGUAUCUGAUGUACGUGACUUUCAUGGAUUCACCAUGCCUCUGUCUGUGUGUGUGAAGGAUGAAACACGUAGCGCUCCUGCAAUGUGGUUGUGAAAUGCCUCCCUUCAAAAGAAAAUAAACUUCACGCGCCCAUGCCACAAAACCUGAAAUGUAAAAGUGCGACAGC